AUGGUAGACCAGUCAACGAUCCCCUUAGCUGAUCAAGGAUACCAUACACCAGCUCCGAUCGAUCUGUUGUUAGGCUCGGAUAUCCUCGGACAGGUUUUAGAUGGGUCUAAAGUCUCAUUGGGGCCCGGCAGGCCAAUAGCCUUCGGCACGAUAUUUGAUUUUGCAUUGUUAGGACCCAUACACGAUUUGUAUACUGCUCCUGUAAGCAAAACUGAAUCGACUCACAUUGUCAGCGCACAACCAGAACUCGAGGUAUCUACACAUGACAUUCGCAAGAGCCUUGAGAAGUUCUGGGAAUCUGAAGAGCCCCAACUUCAUGUUGAAACUACCCCUUUGCAAGAUCAGUGUGAAGAAAUAUUCCGCACUACCACUACUCGUAAACCCUCAGGUCAAUAUACGGUAACAUUACCCUUUUUACAUAAUAUGCCCGAGCUAGGAAGUACCCAUGCCAUAGCAUUGCGCAGGUUUCUUAAUCUUGAAAAGAAGUUACAAGCUGACCCAUAUCUCCGUGUGAAAUACAUUGAUUUCAUGGCAGAUUAUCAGAAGCUGGGUCACAUGUCCCCAUGCCACCCGAGUACUUUUGCUCAUAAACCUCACUUCUAUAUCCCUCAUCAUGGCAUCUUCAAGUCGGGAUCAGACAAGCUACGCACUGUUUUUGAUGGUAGCUGUAAAAGCUCAAAUGGUGUCAGCCUAAAUGACUGUUUACACACUGGUCCAGCUCUUCAACAGGACAUUGUCGAUAUUAUCUUGUCGUUUAGAACUCAUCCCGUAGUUUUCAGCACUGACAUUUGUAUGAUGUUCAGAAACAUACUCAUACAUCCCGAUCAGAGGCGUUACCAGCUCAUUCUCUGGCGCUCUUCGCCAGAUCAGCCCCUGCUUACAUAUGCCUUAAACACUGUUACAUACGGGUUAAGAUCAAGCCCAUAUCAUGCUAUACGCACUUUAAUCCAAUUAGCGGAUGAUGAAGGUCAUCGCUAUCCUGCAGCUGCUCAAGUGCUGCGCAAGUCCAUAUUCGUCGAUGAUAUUCUCACUGGUCACGAUUCUGUAGUAAAGGCUCAAGCUCUCCAAAACGACUUGAUUAACUUACUAGCCUUAGGUGGUUUUCAGCUCAGUAAAUGA